AUGGACUCGCAACGGCCGAACGAUGUGUCGCCCGAGGCCAUGCAGGCGCGCAUCCAACAAGCGCGACGCGAGGCUGAGAACCUAAAGGACAGGAUUAAGCGGAAGAAGGAUGAGCUGGCCGACACAACUCUUCGCGCCGUCGCGCAGCAAUCACACGAGUCAAUCCCCCGAAACCAGUUAAUGAAGACGAAGAGGACGCUGAAGGGUCAUCUUGCCAAGAUUUAUGCUAUGCACUGGUCUACUGACCGAAGACAUCUGGUAUCCGCUUCGCAAGACGGCAAGUUGAUUAUUUGGGAUGCCUACACGACGAACAAGGUCCACGCCAUUCCUCUGCGGUCAUCCUGGGUCAUGACCUGCGCUUACGCCCCGAGCGGUAACUACGUCGCUUGUGGUGGUCUUGACAACAUUUGCUCCAUUUACAACCUCAAUCAAAAUCGGGACGGUCCAACGCGUGUCGCUCGUGAGCUCUCUGGCCAUGCCGGAUAUUUGUCUUGCUGUCGAUUUAUCAACGACCGGAGCAUUUUAACCUCGUCUGGUGACAUGACUUGUAUGAAAUGGGAUAUCGAGACCGGAACUAAGGUUAUGGAGUUUGCCGACCACCUGGGCGAUGUCAUGAGCAUCAGCUUGAAUCCCACAAACCAGAACACGUUUAUUUCUGGUGCCUGCGACGCCUUCGCUAAGUUGUGGGAUAUUCGCGCCGGCAAGGCUGUGCAGACGUUCGCCGGCCACGAAUCGGAUAUCAACGCCAUCCAGUUCUUCCCAGAUGGCCACUCUUUCGUCACAGGUUCCGAUGAUGCCACAUGUAGGCUUUUCGACAUUCGAGCGGAUAGGGAACUUAACCUCUACGGCUCUGAAUCUAUCCUGUGCGGUAUCACAUCUGUUGCUACUUCUGUGUCUGGUCGCUUGCUGUUCGCCGGCUAUGACGACUUUGAGUGCAAGGUAUGGGAUGUGACAAGAGGAGAGAAGGUUGGUUCCCUUGUGGGCCAUGAGAAUCGUGUCAGCUGUUUGGGCGUUAGCAACGACGGCAUCAGCUUGUGCACAGGUUCCUGGGAUUCAGUACUUAAAGUUUGGGCAUACUAA